AUGCUGGAGAGUGUGGUGCGCAGGCCGCAGCGCCUGCUGUUCGUGCUGAUCGCAUUCAUGGUAAUCCUAUUCUUUUCUACGUACCUCUCCCUGUCGUCGUGGGGCAGCGAGCAGGUGCGCACGCACUACGAGACGCUCAAAGCGGCGUUCCAAAAGAACCAAACGCACGCGCCGUCCACGGUCCAGACGGAUCUGACGGGCCUUACGGGCGGCGCAUCGAGCGGAUCGCCGUCGCGCACGUUUAUGGAUGGUGUCAAGACCGUGGAGGAUCUGCGCAAGUACGCGGUCAAGGGCAAGGACGGCAACCUCUAUCCGCCCCAGUUUGUGCCUUCGGAAGUGAACAAGAUGCCGCGUGCCAAGGCGGGCUUUAUCGUGCUCGUGCGCAACAACGAGCUGGAGGACAUGCGAAAGAGUAUGCGCGAUGUCGAGGACCGCUUCAACCGCAAGUACGGCUACCCCUGGAUCUUUUUGAACAAUGAGCCCUUUUCGGAAGAGUUCAAGGCGGGCGUUAAGAAAAUGACGCGUUCCGAGGUGCGCUUCGGCUACAUUCCCCCGGAGAUGUGGGGCUACCCCGACUGGAUCGACCAGGACUAUGCCGCCAAGCAGCGCAAGAAGAUGACCGAUGAGGGUGUGAUUUACGGAUGGUCCGAGUCGUACCGUCACAUGUGCCGCUUCCAGAGCGGUUUCUUCUGGCGCCACAACCUUACGAUGGACCUCGACUUUUACUGGCGUGUCGAGCCGGGUAUCAAGCUCUUUUGCGAUCUCGACUACGAUCCGUUCGUGUUUAUGCAGCUCAACGACAAGAAGUACGGCUUCACCAUCUCCCUGCACGAGUACGUCGCGACGAUCCCGACGCUCUGGGACGAGACGAAGAAGUUUAUGAAGGCGCACCCGGACUACCUCGCCAAGGACCACGCGCUGCACUUUAUGACGGACGAGCCCGAGCGCUUGCUGGAGCCGGGCUACAACAUGUGCCAUUUCUGGAGCAACUUUGAGAUCGCCGAUCUGCGUUUCUGGCGCGGCCAGCAGUACACCGAGUACUUUGACCACCUCGACAAGGCCGGCGGCUUUUUCUACGAGCGCUGGGGCGACGCGCCCGUGCACAGUAUCGCGGCGGUGCUGUUCCUGAACCGCUCGCAGAUCCACCACUUUAACGACAUCGGCUACUACCACGGGCCCUGGACACACUGCCCCAAGAACCGCGGACUGUUCCACGACAAUGGCAAGUGUUUGUGUAACCCCGAAGACUCCGCCGAUUACGACAACUUCAUGUGCAUGAAGGAGUGGUGGCGCACCUCCAUUGAGGGCGACCCGAACAAGUUGUAG